AAAAAAAAAAAAUCAAAUACAAAUUAGUAUUUCAAUCAAAAGACAAGAAAUAUUAAAGGAAGUUCAAAAAAUUAAUAAAAGAAAGCUGUGUCAAUAACUAUACUUAAAAGUAAAUAAAAUAUUAAUCAAAACAGCAUGAAAAUACAGCAAAAGAGGGUAUCUACAACUCCCUCAGUUUCAGGAAAUUAGGCAAUACCUUUGAUUAAUUCUUAAUAAGGAAGUAGAGGAGAAGAAAAAAAUAAUUUUUAGAUUGCAGUAGCACUAUUAGCAGCUUAAAAGUAGAAAAAAGUAGGUAAUAUGCCACCAUCUCAUAAAAAUAGCAUACCAGAAAACGGAACUAAUUGCUAAGAAUAGAAUAGCAGCUUCAACAAUAAUCAUCUUGUGUUUUAGCAAAUAUAGAAUAACAAUAUAAACUAAUAAAACUGCAAUUAAGCCACAUAGAAAUAAAAUCAAAGCUUCAAUAAAGGUCUAUCUGGUUAACAACAUCAGCAAUUUCAUUUGCCUAUUGCAAAUAACAUAAAUUAGUAGUAUCAAAUGAAUUAGCAAUAAAAUUAAGGCUGGAAUUUUUCCAAUAGUCUCAAUAAAUCAAAUAUUUUGGAUACAAGUUAUGGAAAUUAUAUGAAUUAGCCUGCUUAUAGUACAUCCACUCAAAAUUAACAACAUUAGCUCUAGCAAGGAAAUUAAUUCUCAGGAUAAAAAUAUUCAUUAAAAACUAGUUAUAUAGGAUAAGGUGCAUAACAAUAAAGCGGUUUAAAUAACUCUAAUGCAAGUUGUGCUGCUACAAAUAUUCAGCAAACUCGUCCAUCACUAGCUUAACAGAAGCUAAACUAGCUGCUCGACCAAACAAAAGGAGGGAGAUAAUCUCCAAACUAGAUAUCUGCAACUGAACAAAGUGUUCUAACUAUGAAUAGUAGCUUUAAUGGCAAUCAAAAAAAUUAUUUUAAUAACAGCUUCUAAGGGCAACAAUAAUUUAACUAAGCUUACAACUAAAUCUAAAACCCUUCAUUUACUUUACCAGCUACAAAUUAAACCCUUAAAAAUAGCAACGCAUUUAAUUCAAGUAUAAAUAACAACAAUAAUAACAUUGGAUAGGUUUCUCAUACUUUAUAGGAUGCCUCUCCUUUAAGAAAGACUAGGCAAUCAUUAGAAUUAAGAACUCGCCCUUUACUUACUGAAGGUAAUGUUGCAUCUGGUUAAGGUGUAAAUUAAAAUAAUUUACAUGCAGCACCUUAAUACAACAGUUUAAUUAAUUAGCAGGAUUAGUCGAUAGGAAGUAGUAAUAAAAAUAGCGGUUGUUAUCCAUAAUAGUCAUCUUCAUCCUCUUCUAACCCUGCCCCUUAGCCUCACUAUAUGCUUUAAAAACCCAAUCAAAAACCAUAUGCAGCUAGAAUCUACAAAUAAAACAAGACAGCAAUUCUGAAUAAAAACGAAAUUUUAAAUACUUCAAAAGAUCGCUCGUUUGGUCAAUAAAAUCAGAUGCUUUAAACAUCGUUGAUUGAAAGUAAUAGGAAUAAUAACAAUUAUCUUAUCGGCAGUGGAGGUAAAUAAAAGUAGAAUCAACAGUACUUGUAUCUUAAUUAAUUUAAUAACAACACCCAACCUGCACAGAUUAACAGGAAUAUGACAAUUUCUCCAGUUUCAGCUGCUAACAACUAAAUAAAUAAGACAGAUAAUUACAAUAAGACAAAUCCAGCACUUUACAAUAAUAGCAAUUCUCUUUCAGCUAACUACCAUCCUCUUAAUACAUUUUUAAAUAAUAACACAACUAAUAAUGCCUAAAGUGGAAGUGCAGCAUAGGCUUUUAUUCAGUAAGUUAAAGAUAAAAUAAAUUAAAACAAAAAAGGGAAAUCUUCGAAUUCAAUAGGUGGAAAUGGAAGUUAAAAUAACUCACAAAUACUAUCAAGCUAAUAUCAAUAGACUUCAUUCAUUAAUUAAGGAAAUCUAAGCAUAACUGGUGCAGAGAUAAAUACAAAUGGCAUUUAAAAUUAAACGAGUUAGAGCUAAAAUUAAAAUUCUAUAAAGUCACCACAAGCUAAUUUUUUAAAUACGAAUAACAAUAUUUUCCAGUCAAAUGCAGCUCCUCCUCAUCCAUAACCAUAAUACCAUCAUUAAAAAAAUAGUAAAAGUAUGACUAUUAGCAAAAACUCCUUUAUAGCUAAUUUUAAUGUUCAAAGUCCAAUAGGAAAUACUACCUAGGUCAAUUUAAAUAGCUCUAAAGAGUCCACAGAUUAUUCAUUUUUAAAUUAAAAUUUUAAUGUGCUUCAAGCUUAAAUCAGUCAAUCUCCUAGCAUUCAUUCUAUUUAAAAAAAACAUAAAAUAUAAAUAAACAAUUUGAAUUAAUCAAACAGCAACAACUAACAAUAAAACUCAUAGAGCAACCCUUAAUAAUUUUUACAGUAACCUAGACCUUAGACUCAAGCUAGUUCGAGGAGAGAACAAGAGACAUAAAAAUCUAAUGUGAGUAAUCCUCAAAGAAGCAAUUAAUAGCCUUAAAAUUAGCAUGGCUCAGCUAGUUAGCUUAUCGAUGACUAAACAAAUUUAUCAAAUAUCACUACUAAUUUUAUUACUAUCAAUGAAAACAACAAAUCAUCUCCAAAGAUUUAUGCAAAAACAUACUAGGACAGUUUUAGGUUUUAUGAUGAGUUAUUAGAGGAUUUUAUUUAAAAAAAUAAAUUUAGCAAUGAAAGAAAGCUUGACUAUUUUGAUAAUUUUUUAAUUACUUUAAAUGAAAUAUAACGAAGAACGCAAGUAAACUAAAAGCUAAACUUUUCUUAACAAUAAUAAUAGCUAAAUUAGCAGUAAAAUCUUUAAAUGUAAUAAAAUUUGUUAUAAAUUUCUUCCAGUCACAACACUGCAGCAAGUUUGUUUUAAAACAGUACUUAAAGUAGUGCAACGUAUAGGUUUUUUGAAAAUCUAAAGCACAUUCUUGAAUCUCCAAUUUAGAAUUUACUCUAAGAAUCAAGAUAACAAAAAUUAGAAUUUGAACAAAAAAAGAGCUAAAUUGUAAGAGAGCUUGAUUUAGAGAGAAAAGAAAGGGCUGUGCUUGAUUUGAAGAUAGACAUUUUGGAAAAGGAAAAGGAAAAACUACAAGAUUUAGUGACUUCUUUAUCGAAAUAAUGUCAGCAAAUAAACAACCAAAAAUCCCGCAACCAAUCUACAAACAGUCAUACUAACUCACAUAAUACUAGCCAUAAUAAUACUAGCAGUCACAACAAUACGAAUUUCAGCAAUAUGAACAAUCUUGGAGGGGGAUUUAACUUAAAUUAAUAAGAAAUACAAAUGCUAUUAUCAGAAAACGAAAAACUGAAAAAUGUAGCUAAAAAACAGCGCAAGCAAAUGAAUGCAAAUAGACAAAAAGAAGAAAAAUUAAUGAAAUUAUUAUAUGCUAUACGUAAAUUAGGUAUUAAUGUAGAUGAAAUAUAUAAUGAUAAUGUAAAAACUCCAGAAUCAUUAUCACCAAAUGGGGAAAAUUAAAAUAGAUUACAAUAGAAAAUUAAUGAUUUCAUAUCUCCUGAGCACAACUAGCUCUCAUAACACUAGCCAUGGGAACUUUCACAAGAUCAUAAUAUCAGCUAAAAUACUGCUAAGUUAAAUAAAAAUUAAGGUGGUUAAAAUCAAGAAUUAAACCAUAACCAGGGAUCAAACUAAAAAGGAUCACAACCUUCUUCAAAAAGAUAAGGAGUUAAUAUUCAUAUCCAAAGAUAAAAAAAGAAUAAAAAAGAUAAUGAAAAACCUUUUUAUGUCAAUUCUCAAAAUGAAGAAGAUGACGAAAAUGAAAAUUAAGAAAUAGAGGAAGAUGAUGAAUACGAAAAUAAUUUUUCUGAUAGUAAAGAUAAUAGUCAUGGAUUUGUUUAUGAUGAAGAUUCUGAUAACUAUAAUGAUUAAGAAGAUGAUGUUCACAAUAAUAGGGAAAAUUACAAUAACAAAGUUUCAUAUAAAAAUUAGUAAUAUAAAAAGAAUGUUCCUGAUUUGUAGUGGAAUGAUGAUUGUGCAUCUGAGGACUAAUAAAAUUUACUAGCUUCACCUAAAUAAGUUAAUGCAGAAAUGUAAUACAAAAUGAGAUUCUAAAAACUUUCAACUAAAUAACACACUGAAGGAGCAUAAAUAAAUUGUAAUAAUAACGAAUUUAAGGAAUAGCAAUAAUAAGGAAGGUACUCUAAUUCAAAUAACAACAACAAAUAUUUAGAAGAAAAUGAAUGUAUAAAUCAAUAAAAUCAAAAUAUUCAAUUCAUAGUUAAUAAAGAUUAGUCUUAAAGUUAUCACCAAAAAAAUUAUAAAAUGCAAGAAGGCUAGAUGAAUUUCAAUAAUAACAUAUAAAUUUCAAAUCAACAGAAUUCAUUCUAAAUUCAGCAGUAAAAUUUCUUAAAAAACAAUAACUUUAAUUAAGAUACUCAAUUUUACUAACACGAACAUAUAUAAUCUGAAAGUUGCUCUCCCUAGCAGAAUUACAUGGAAUAUUAAUAACAUAAUGACUAAUAGAAUAAUUAAUAUUAUUAACCACCUGUACAUAAUAAUGAGUUAGAUCCUUUAUACUCUGAAAAAUCAGUGACUGACAGUGAAAGUGAUGUACUCUCUAUCCCUGUAAAUGAAGUUGCUUACGCUUCUUAAUCGAACAAGAUGAUUAAUGCUUAAAUGAAAGAUAAAUUAAAAAUUAAUCUUGGAUGCUUGUAAGUGAAGGAUCCUGCUAAUAACAACAUGAAUUUGAAUUUGGGUAAACUAAAUGGAGAAGGCCAAUAAGGAUAAGUAGUGCAUGAAGAAAUAUUUGGCUAUCAUGACGAGUUUAUGAAUAAAUUUGAUGAAUUUUCUUAGUCAUGGAGAGAUGCCAUAAAUAAAGAAAAGCAAAGAUAUUAAAAUGAUAUGGCUCCUAUUUCGCAUAUUUAUGUCUCAGCCUUGUGA